UUUGUCUGUUACUCUCAAUUCUCACAUGAACACAUUUACACGAUAAUCAAUGAGACAACACCAUUUCAUUUAGCUGAUCAAGAACCUGACCUUGUCCGAGGUUUGACUAAUCUCCACGAUUCCUGUUUCACCUAUAUGUCGGCGGCAGUUAUCGACGAUGGCGGCUCGUCUAGCCGGAGUUUCACCGGGAUGUCCGGAGAAGAUACCUCUAAGAUUAGCAUAGAUCUGGUUGCCGCCGCCAGACGAAAUGUUUCUUUUCUGAGAUUCGUGGCCGAUUCCGAUUGGCUUCACCACAAACCCACUCUUGUGGAAGCCGUACGGAGGUAUACUGAGCUAUGGAUGCCGUUGAUUUCUGAUUUAACGGCGGAGUCGAAGCCUCCGAUGAUUCUACCUCCUAUCGAUGUUGAAUGGGUCUGGUAUUGCCACACCUUGAAUCCGGUAAACUAUAGACAAUAUUGUGAGAGGAAGUUCUCUAGAUUAAUUGGGAAAUCGUCAAUCUUUGAUGAAGAGAACGAGGAAUACGCGAUGAAUAGAUGCAGAGAGUUAUGGAUCCAUAGAUACCCUUCUGACCCAUUUGAGAAUGGGAUAGGUUCUGAAGAUCCAAUUCCUUCUAUGGAAAAUGAAGACAUCUUGCAUCAAGUAUUGGACAAGAGAGCUUUAAUUAGCAUGUUUUCUGAACCAUAUAUGUCCGAAACCGUAUACCUUAUUGCCGCCAGACAGAGAUACAAAAGAUUCCUCUGUUUCUUGCAAAAACUUGAAGAUGAACAUAGACGCUUGGUCCCUGCUUUGGAUAUCCAGCUAAUGUGGCUUACCCAUCAGAGUUUUUCAACAGUUUAUGCUUCGGAUACAAAGGAGAUAGAAGAGAAUUUGACAAAAGUGUUGUCUCUUUGGGAAGCUGUCAAUGAAGAAGAAGUGGAAGCUAGCAAGAAGCUAUGGGAGAAAGAGCUCGACCUACCUUACGAGAAGGCUGGAGGCGGUUUUAACCAACAAGCUGCAAAAUUGAAGCCGCCAUUUCAUUGGGAUGUCACAGAAAUUGAUGUUAAUACAAAAUACAAGUCUAUGCUUCCUAGAUUUACACUUGAGGUUUGCAUAUUUGUGAAACUAAAGAUGACAGAUCGCGGGAAAGUUUGUAAUGAGUUUUUGCGCCUUCGAGUUGUAAGGUGCCAUAAGGAACUUAAACUCGACAAACCAUUAUCAACUUUCUUCUCUGAUUCGUGGCAAAAGGCUUGGCAUCUCUAUUGUGAGUUUGGAACAAGAGGAAUUGACCUCCAGCUUCGUCGAAAAGGUACCUGGUGCUCUAAAGGCAGCAGCACCUUAGAGGACCACUUUACUUUUCUAUGGAACGACGAGCUAAGGGAAACGUCGCUUAGUCUAGAUAGGGAUAUUGGUCAGAGAGUUAGAGCGGUUACUUCAAUCACUCCGCCUGUUCAAUCGUCUUAUUUUCUGAAAUGCGUUCCUGAUCGGGUUACAGACGAUUCAGGAGCUGUGAUAUCGGAUGUGAUUCUCAGGAUGAACUCUUAUAGGCCACAAGAAGGUCGAUGGUUGUCACGGACUGUUCUUGACCAUGCUGGACGAGAAUGCUUUGUGGUUCGAAUGAGGGUGGGGGGAGGAAUCUGGCGACGAGGCGGUGAAACACCAUCUAUAGUAAAAUGGGAAGACAGGAUCACGGAAAUACGAGAAGGAUCUUGGGCUUAUGUUGCCGGUUCAAUUGGUCGAGCUCCCGAGAAAGUGGUGGGAACGGCGAAACCGAAGGAGCCACCAGAGCAAUGGAAUGCUUCAUGGAAACUGUCAACGGGUGAAGAACUGUUGAUCAUGUGGGAGUCAUCUUCAAGCAUGAGGUUUCAGCUGAGAAAUGAAACAUCAACUGAUUCAUCAACAGUAAAACUGCUUAACGGUAGACAAAAGCAAUAUCAUUGGAGGACGAGCAUGGACAACGAAGAGUUUGAAGAAAACAACGAAGAAGAAGUGGGGUUCUUGACACUGGUUCGAUAUUCGGAAGACAGCCCAUCUGGAAAGGCAACUGCUCUUCUUAACUGGAAACUAUUAGCAGUUGAAUUCCAGCCCGAAGAAGAUGCUGUUUUCUUGCUUCUGAUAUGCGUCUCAAUACUGAGGAGCGUGUCGGAAACAAGUAAGGAAGACUCUAGCGGCUUACUGAUAAGGAGGAGAUUGAAGGAAGCAAGUCUCGGUUCUAGAGACUUGGGAUCUGUCGUGCUUCACCCGUCUUCAUGGUCGCCCUCAAUCGCAUCCCCUCACCAUCAUCAGCCUUGGUAUUGGAACGCGAAAAAAGUCACGACGAACGAUGGAUCAGCCGAUGAAUUCAAAAGGCAACCCGCGACGAAUAAUUCUCAGGCUGAAGGUGGUACUAAGUUGUACAAGGAGUUAUGGACUAAGAAAUAAAUAGAUGUAUACUAUAUUAUUUGUUAUUGAGAUAUUUUAAAGAAAUGAAGGUUGGUAAAAAGAAAAAAGGGGAAUGGGAAAUUAUUAACCUCUUGUUUACAUUAUUUGACUCCAGGCCAUACAAAAUUUGUAACUGAAAUAACUGAUUUAUGGUUUAUAUACCCUUAAUCCCUC